CAGCUUGAUUUGCAUUGAUUGCCUAACAGCAGGUCCACAGCAGUAUCUCCCCCAUUUAUGAGUGUUUCAGAGUCCCUUGAAUUCCAUCACUCUCUCGCUCCUCGCCGAAAUUGAGCCAGUCGGCCCGCCAUCUCCUUUCCACAUCUCCUAACCUUAUCUUCCUUAUCUUUGUUUCUCUUUCUCGAUCUUGAUUUUUCUAUCAUUAUCUGGAAUCCAUUUUGAGCUCUUGCUUUCCUGCCCCUUAUACAGGUGAAUGUAGCAGGUCGAGGGUUCUGGAAAAGCAGCAACCACAAUCCCGCCGUAUCUCCAGCUAGUCUCGAACAGAAUUUUAGAAGGAACCAGUCUUGUUCAGACCAUGAGAUCUGAGGAUUUUACAUGCAAGUUGAGAAUUUGAUAUGAUGUUAAAGGCGGAACAAUGACACCACAAAAUGAGAGAAGCUCUCUCAAGCGCGGAAGGGUACACAAGGAGCAUGAUUCGAAGCACCUCAAGAAAGCGCGACGGUCUGAAGCAUUACCACCACAGCCAAUUGAUCAGUUAUACCUACCUACGCCUAUAGUCCAGCAGGAGUUGAGCACUAGAAGCGACGAUAGAGAGCUAGCUGGAACCGCGAAUGACACAAAACGCGUCCAACAGUGUAGUACGCCCUUGAGUACUGGGUUUCCUCAGCCAAGUCCAUCCCCGCCUCACGAUACACAGGCCCUCUCUCAAUUUGUUUAUCCACCUAGAGCACUUGCCGAUGAAGUUGAAGACGAAGCUGCGGAAGGGGUUUGGGGUUAUCUCCUUCCCCUCGAUGAUAAGGCUCCAUCCUCUCUGGUUUUGCGCAAAAGGAGUGGAUGUGGGAGCCAUGAGCUUGGAUCUAACGGAGUCAUGCAAGGAGAAAAGGGACAUCGCAAGGAGCCUGAGUCAAAGAAUAAGCGAGCGAGUUUACAGGCACCAGGAGGCUAUCUUAUAGGUCGCCAUCGUGAGUGUGAUCUUGUCCUAAACAUUCCCACUGUGUCCAAUCGUCACUUUCUGUUGUUCCCUGAGAACAAGAAAGGUGAUUCAAUUGCUAUCCUAGAGGAUUUGUCUAGCAACGGGACUUUUGUCAACGAUGCAAUUGUUGGACGUAACCAACAUCGAGAAUUAGAAGAUGGUGACGAGAUCACAAUUCUCGACCAAGCACGCUUUGUCUUCAGAUAUCCUCGGACAAGGGAUACAAAUCGCUUUCGUCAACAGUAUAGAACUCUUCAACAACUUGGAAAAGGACAUUUCGCUAGCGUAUACCUUUGUGUGGAACGAGCUACGGGAAUACAUUAUGCGGUCAAACUGUUCGAGAAGCGUUCAAGUGACUCUCAAAAAUCACAGGCUGACGCCUUACAACAAGAGAUUGGGCUUCUGAUGGGAGUCAGUCAUCCGAAUCUUCUAUGUCUCAAAGAUACAUUCGAUGAGAGUGAUGGGGUAUAUCUUGUACUCGAACUUGCCUCGGAAGGAGAGCUUUUUAACCUGAUCGUCAGCAAACAAAGGUUCUCGGAAACGGAGACUCGCCAUAUUUUCAUCCAGAUAUUUGAAGGUCUAAAGUACUUGCAUGAUCGUGGUAUCGUUCACCGAGACAUCAAACCAGAGAAUAUUCUCGUUGCAGAUCAAAGAUUGACAGUAAAGCUUGGAGAUUUUGGACUGGCCAAGAUAAUUGGUGAAGAUUCAUUCACAACUACUCUAUGCGGGACGCCAAGCUAUGUCGCGCCCGAGAUACUGCAGGAGUCUCGUCGGCGGAAGUACACUAAAGCAGUUGACAUUUGGUCACUUGGGGUAGUUCUCUACAUAUGCCUCUGCGGCUUUCCGCCAUUUUCCGAUGAACUCUACACCCCGGAAAACCCUUACACCCUUGCACAACAAAUCAAAAUGGGUCGUUUCGACUACCCAUCACCAUAUUGGGAUUCUGUCGGGGAUCCGGCCUUGGAUCUGAUUGAUAAGAUGCUCACGGUCGAUGCUGACAAGCGCAUAACUGUCGACGAAUGCUUAGAACAUCCAUGGCUUACACAAACUUACCCUAGUUUAUCCGACAGUACGGAUGGGCUGACCGGCGCCUUGGAUAAAUUGGACUUUUCCAAGCGUAAACUCGCGCGCGAAAGAACGCUCCUCAGUCGUAUCAAUGAUGUCAGUUUCAACGAGUGCAAGGAGCGCAACGGUGCUACCGUGCGGGUUUUCCACAAUAGCCAUACUGGGAAACGUAUUCACAAUCACCCUGCCAAGGUUAUCAAGGGUGGAGAGGCCUGCGACAACAACAGCGCACCUAAAGACUUCAUCAAUCUUGGGGAGCAGGGAGAUCCACUACUAUUUACGGAUGAAACAGGGCCCAUAUUCUUGGGAUUUUUCUCAGACCGAAUGACGGUGGCUUUGGAAUCUCACGAGGUGUCUUUAGCGCGUUUCUUAACUUAUUUCCCCUUACACGACGCAGCCAUGGGCUUUCUCGCGGUCUUACUCGAUACUAUAUGCAAACAUUGCACAGAGUCUUCGAGCCUGGUCAUCUUGGGAACAACACUGCUAGCCCUACUUGCUGUAUCUAUCCUGCUCAAUCUCUUGGGCCAACUGCUUUUCAAGAAUCCGAAAGAACCACCUGUAGUGUUUCAUUGGGUGCCCUUUAUUGGCAGUACAAUCAGCUAUGGCAUGGAUCCAUACAAAUUUUUCUUCAAGUGCCGUGAGAAGUAUGGUGACAUAUUCACUUUUGUUCUUCUUGGCAAAAAGACGACUGUCUACCUUGGGACUAAGGGUAAUGACUUCAUUCUCAAUGGCAAGUUAAGGGAUGUUUGUGCCGAAGAGGUUUAUUCGCCCCUUACUACACCUGUCUUUGGGAGCAAUGUUGUGUAUGACUGCCCAAAUGCCAAAUUAAUGGAGCAGAAGAAGUUCGUCAAAUUCGGCCUCACCUCCGACGCCUUACGCUCCUAUGUGCGUCUGAUAACCGAUGAAGUGGAGGAUUUUGUCCAGAAUUCCCCGGCUUUCCAGGGUGCUAGCGGUGUCUUUGACGUGUGCAAAAUAGUUGCUGAAAUCACCAUCUAUACAGCCUCACGCUCUCUUCAAGGCAAGGAAGUUCGAAGUAGAUUUGAUUCCACCUUUGCUGAGCUAUAUCAUGACCUCGACAUGGGAUUUGCGCCAAUCAAUUUCAUGUUACCCUGGGCUCCUCUUCCCCAUAACCGGAAACGCGAUGCCGCACAGCGGAAAAUGACAGAAACAUACAUGGAAAUCAUCAAGGCCCGUCGCAAUGCUGGAACUGAGAAAGACUCCGAAGACAUGGUAUGGAACCUGAUGUCUUGCGUAUAUAAAGAUGGCACUCAGGUUCCCGAUGAGGAAGUCGCGCACAUGAUGAUUGCUCUUCUCAUGGCUGGUCAGCAUUCGUCAGCUUCUACGGCUUCCUGGAUUGUCCUACACCUUGCAGCACAUCCGGGAAUCAUGGAUGAGCUCUUUGCUGAACAACUCCGUGUCCUCGGCCCUGAUUUGCCGCCUCUUACAUACGAAGGCCUGCAGAAGUUGGAUCUUCAUGCGAAGGUUAUCAAGGAAACAUUACGUAUACAUGCGCCUAUCCAUUCAAUCAUACGUGCGGUGAAGAACCCGAUGCCUGUGGACGGAACACCAUACGUGAUUCCUACAUCCCAUAAUGUUCUCUCAUCACCUGGUGUGACGGCAAGGUCUGAGGAGUAUUUCGUCAACCCGCUAAAGUGGGAUCCUCACCGCUGGGAUGAGGACCUUGCGUCUAAUGCAGAAGAUGAAGAGAAAAUUGACUAUGGGUAUGGUCUUGUUAGCAAGGGCACAAACAGUCCUUACCUUCCAUUUGGCGCUGGAAGGCACAGGUGUAUUGGUGAACAAUUUGCCUAUGUACAACUUGGUGCCAUAACAGCGGCUUUGGUAAGGUUGUUCAAGUUCCGCAAUUUGCCCAAUGUAAAGAGUAUCCCUGAAACAGACUAUUCAUCACUUUUCUCGAAACCCGCUGGAAAAUCGUUUAUACAUUUCGAAAAGCGUGCUCCUGCGAAGAAUUGA